UUCAGUAACCAUGCAGCAGGUAGCCAGGACAGUGGCCAAAGUGGAACUCUCAGACCACGUGUGUGACGUGGUCUUUGCGCUCUUUGACUGUGACGGCAAUGGAGAGCUGAGCAAUAAGGAAUUUGUUUCGAUCAUGAAACAACGGCUGAUGAGAGGCCUGGAGAAACCCAAAGACAUGGGCUUUACCCGCCUCAUGCAGGCCAUGUGGAAAUGUGCACAGGAAACUGCCUGGGACUUUGCUUUGCCCAAAUAAUAACCCAAAACAGCAAGAGGGGGCCACCUUCCAUACUCGCAAGCACCCUGGACCUUAUGGAGCAACCUCUGCAUAGCUCUUCAUGCUGCUGCUUCUGGGAGUGGUCCUCCCUUCUUCCUGGGGUAACCUAAGGAUUCAGCCAGCUUCCCUCUCCACCCUUUCCCUAUCCCAGUGUUCUACUAGGCUCUGAGUCCCCAGGAGGGGAUUCAUCCCUGUUCUCAAACCCAUGAACAAGCGUUCAGAGCUCAGACCUUGGCUCCUCUAACAGCAAUACCUAUUUAAGCACCCUAGGGAUAAAGAAUGCAGGGACCCAUGCACACACCUGCCUCCUGGGAAAUAUCCAGUUCUCAAAUCAUUUUUGCUGUGGACUUACGUUAACAAGAACAUUCUUUGCUCUUCCUCCCGCUGGUGUUUUUAAGCUGCAAGAAUGGAAAGUCUCAUCAGCAAGAGGAAGUCUGUGAUGAAUGAUAAUGAAGAUGACCUGGGCACCCUGAGCUGGCAGGAAGCCUGGCCAGAAGAAGGAUCUGUGUCAGACAUGGGCUGGCUCUGAGGCCUGCUGUAAGGCCUUGUGCUAAGUAGAAGCACAGCAGAAUCCAAAUUUAAAUAGCUGCUUCAUGGCUCUCUUCUCUUACCAGGUUCCUAAGAUGUCUCCACCAAGACUCUGCUUAACCAGCAGCAGUAGUUGAGUUCCUGUUCCCUGCAGAUACCAUCUCCUCUUCGGAUGGGCCUCGGUAGUGGAGGCCUGGCUCAGAGCCUAUCUGCCCUCUGUCUUAAAUACUUAAAAAGUAUCACUUUAAUUAUAACAGUUUGCAAUAAACACCCCCAAGACUCGUGUCUCCCGUAUUUUAGAAUCAUCCGGGCUCUUUUCAUUUAAUAUCUCCAUGGAGUUUCAGAUCCCGCUAGCAGCAGCCCUGUCUCAUGAAAGGCCAUUUGGAGGUUAGUGGUGGCACUGUCCCAGCACAGUUUGGUUAGUGUUUCAUUUGGGGCCAUAGUACACAGUCCUUGAUUAUUUGUGCCCGAUGAUAAGAAGGUAAGACAGGGUGGAGUGUGUGAGGAAUCAUCUGGUAUGGUGAACCAUAGCAACCAGUGUUGUGAUGAGCCCAGCACUGCCACUCGCCCGUUGUGGUGUUGAGCAAGCCAUUUUCCAUCUGUUCCUUCAUCUGUUUAUCCCAUUGAGCUAAAUGAGCUCUAAGGUUCCUUCCAGGCCUGAAAGCCUGUGCUUCAGCUCUCCUCCAGAAUUCCUGUGGCCUCCAGACCUCCAGGUAAUACUACUGACAUGGCCAGCAUAACAGAACCACCACACCUAAAACCCAGUACUCAGCUCUGAAUGCAAUAGCCAGAGAAAAGCAGAGCCCUCAGUCUGUAACUGCACUGUGCAAGGAAGGAACUGGCCCCAGCAUUUCCUCCAGAGCCAUUUAACAGCUUCAUUUCUAAUGUCCUUACUAGAAGACUAGAUUCUCUCCAAGAAGUCUGACGCUCUUCUGCCUCAUCUAUCUACCACCCUCUCCUCUCUCACUGACCCUGGUGUUCAAGUGUAGGCUUGGCCUUGCUCACUGCCCUCAACAUGAGGCAUCAGCACAAUGUGAGCAUCUCUUAAAUUUGUCCCAGAAUCCCAAAAUCACUUUUCACCCCACCAUCCUUUCUCCAGCUGAAAGAGAAGUCCCCUCAUUGCCUCUGUGGGACACAGGAAGGGCUGCUGUGCUUCCUUGAUCUUGCAUUCAGCAUGACCCGAGAUAAGCAGGGAGAAUAUGGAAACUGCUACUAAGAAAAAGGCUUUUUUAAAAAUGUGCUAUAAUCUCUAAAAGUCAUUUUAAUAACUUUUAAUGCCCCACCUAGGUUUACCUCUGGUUGCAGCACAUACACAGAUAAAAGAGGCCAUGACUGCUACCAGACAAGGAAAAAAGGGUGCCAGAUCAGAUGGCAACCGCAUCUUUUCUGCAAGCCUUAGUAGCACAGCCCAAGCCUGUGGAGGUUAUAUGCCCCUGCAAGCUGCUCAAAAGGAGGUAGCAGAGUCUGGUUCCACUC